UUCUUAACAUAGCUAAUAAGCCUAAAAUCUUCUUAGUCUCUCUCUAUUAGCUUCCUUUGGACUUUGCAUGGCAGAGAGUGCUGUUAGUUUUCUGCUCCAAAGGCUCAUUCCUGUGUUUGAAAACAAGGUGAGUCUGUUUACUGGAGUCCAAACAGAAGUGGUGGACCUAAAAGGACAGUUGGAGCUGAUUAUAGCCUUCUUGAGGGUUGCAGAUGCAUUAGAACAGAAAGAUGAGGAACUCAGAGUUUGGGUUAAGCAAGUCAGAGAUGUUGCUCAUGAGACUGAAGAUCUUCUUGAUGAAUUGGAACUCAUUGAGGCUCAUAACAAAACAAGUUUGUUCUCUGUUUCUCUCCGAAUCAGGAACAUGAAAGCCCGUUACAGGAUUGCACAUGAGUUCAAAGGCAUCAACUCUCGCAUCAGAACUAUUUUUAAUACUCAUAAGAGGUUCCUCAGAAAACUUGACACUGCUUCAGAGGCUUCAAGUUCCAAUUCUUCAGGUAACACAUGGAAUGAUCAAAGAGGAGAUGCCCUUCUGCUGGACAACACUGAUCUAGUGGGCAUAGACAGGCGUAAAAAGAAGUUGAUGGGGUGUUUGAUAAAACCUUGUCCUGUACGCAAGGUAAUUUCUGUUACUGGGAUGGGAGGGAUGGGGAAAACUACUUUGGUGAAGCAAGUAUAUGAUGAUCCUGUAGUGAUAAAACACUUCAGAGCCUGUGCUUGGAUCACUGUUUCUCAAUCUUGUGAAAUUGGGGAGCUUCUCAGGGACUUGGCCCGGCAACUCUUUUCCGAGAUAAGAAGACCAGUCCCACUAGGCCUGGAAAACAUGCGCUGUGAUAGGCUGAAGAUGAUUAUCAAAGACCUUCUGCAGAGGAGGAGGUACUUAGUGGUAUUUGAUGAUGUCUGGCAUGUUCGUGAAUGGGAAGCUGUCAAAUAUGCAUUACCAGACAACAACUGUGGCAGCAGGAUCAUGAUCACAACUAGAAGAUCAGACUUAGCCUUCACUUCCAGCACAGAAUCCAAAGGAAAGGUGUAUAACUUGCAACCCUUGAAAGAAGAUGAGGCUUGGGAGCUUUUUUGCAGAAAAACUUUCCAUGGUGACUCAUGCCCCUCACAUUUGAUUGGUAUUUGUACAUACAUCUUAAGAAAAUGUGAGGGUCUUCCCCUUGCAAUUGUGGCAAUCAGUGGUGUCCUGGCUACAAAAGACAAGCGCCGGAUCGAUGAGUGGGACAUGAUUUGCCGCAGUCUUGGAGCUGAGAUUCAAGGCAAUGGCAAGCUUGAUAAUUUGAAAACAGUGCUUGGUCUCAGUUUCAAUGACUUGCCUUACUAUUUGAAGUAUUGUUUCUUGUAUUUGAGCAUCUUCCCUGAGGAUCAUGUGAUCCAGCGCAUGAGGUUGAUUCGCUUGUGGAUAGCAGAAGGAUUUAUUAAAGCCAUAGAAGGAAAAACAAUGGAAGAUGUUGCUGAGGAUUACCUCAAGGAGCUCCUGAACAGAAAUUUAGUGCAAGUAGCUGGGACAACCUCUGAUGGAAGGGUCAAAACACUGAGAAUCCAUGAUCUUCUGAGGGAGAUCAUCAUUUCGAAAUCUAAGGAUCAAAACUUUGCGGCCAUUGUCAAAGAACAAACAGCAGCAUGGCCGGAAAAGAUUCGGCGCCUUUCUGUGCAAGGCACGUCACCAAAUGGACAGCAACAAAGGUCUGUCUCUAAACUCCGUUCUCUCUUCAUGUUUGGAGUAGUUGAAAAUUUAUCCCUGGGAAAACUGUUUCCUAGGGGUUUCAAACUGCUUAGUGUGUUAGAUUUUGAAGAUGCACCAUUGAACAAGUUUCCUGUAGCAGUUGUUGACCUUUAUUAUUUGAGAUAUCUAAGCUUAAGGAACACAAAGGUGCAGAUGGUUCCAGGUCGUGUACUAGGGAAGUUGCAGAAUCUAGAAACAUUAGAUCUGAAGAGGACUUGUGUCACAGAAUUACCUGCUGAUAUAGUAAAGCUUAAAAAACUUCGCCAUCUUCUUGUAUAUCAGUUUAAAGUCAAAGGGUAUGCACAGUUCUACUCCAAAUAUGGUUUUACCUUUAAGAACCCCCAUGAAAUAGGAAAUUUGCAGUCACUACAAAAGCUUUGUUUCGUGGAGGCUAACCAAGGUUAUAGUGGUAUGAUGAUAAAGCAGUUGGGGGAGCUAACUCAACUAAGAAGGUUAGGCAUCAUGAAACUCAGAGAGGAAGAUGGAAAGGCUUUCUGUGUGUCCAUUGAGAGGUUGACUAAUCUUCGCGCCAUCUCUGUUACUUCUGAGGGUGAAGAUAAAGUCAUUGAUCUGAAGUUCCUUUCUUCACCCCCUCCAUUUCUUCAACGCUUGUAUCUGUUAGGACGGUUACAGGAGUUACCAAGUUGGAUCCCUUCUCUUCAUGGCCUGGCCAGGAUCUUCCUAAAAUGGAGCUGUUUGAAACAUGAUCCACUGGUGUAUCUGCAGGACCUACCAAAUCUUGCACAUCUUGAACUGCUUCAAGUUUAUGAUGGUGACACAUUGCAUUUCAGGGGUGGGAAGUUCAAGAAGCUCAAGGUUUUAGGCCUUGACAUGUUUGAUGGGGUCAGUGAGGUGAUAGUGGGGGAGGGUGCAAUGCCCUGCCUGGAAACACUGAGCAUUGGGCGUUGUGGCUUGUUGAAGAAGGUGCCAUCAGGGAUUGAACACUUGACUAAGGUGAAAGUCCUUGAGUUUUUUGAUAUGCCAGAUGAACUGAUGCAGACAAUUUGCCCACAUGGGAAGGGGAAUGAUUACUGGAAAGUUUCACAUAUACCAGAGGUUUAUUCUACAUACUGGCAAAAUGGUGGCUGGGAUGUUUACGCAGUGGGCAGUUUCAGAGACUGUUCUCCUCGAUCAGGCACUGUCAUGAGAUGUCAUGAACGCCGCAAUCCAUGGAAGGUGUAGCUUUUCUUCCCAGUGCACCACAAAUAUAUUCAUGGAGGCAAUCAUGUCUGAAUCAGAAACAUCCGCUAUCAUGGAAGAACUAGCUCUCCUAGAGGUUUUUUCAUUUACAAGACUCAACCACCAGUUGAUUGAUGGUAUAGCUUUACACUGUGGGGUAACAAAAUGUGCAUGGUAAUUUGUGUAUUAUUAGAAUUACCUACAUUGUAUAUUAAAAAAUUGAGCUGACUGGUUUCCUGUAUAUAUAAGUCAGCUCUCUAAAUAAAGGUGUAGGUUUUAAUUCACCUUUGUUAUUUGGACAAUGUAAAGUUCUGGUCUGAUCACUAUUGUUUAAUAAACUCCCAUGUAUAUAAUUCUCCCA